AUGGUGGAGAUGCCGCGAAUUUGGGUCAUGGUGCCUCCGCGGGCGCCGUCAUUCUGCCCUGAGACAAAUCCAGGUCUGGCGCCCGCCACCUCAAAGCUCUUCUAUGCCAACUUCUUGAAGUCUCGCAACAUCUACGAAGAAUCCCACAAUGCAAGGAGCAUGCUGCGCAACGAUCCCGUGGAGCUCUUCGCCAAGCGAACCGCUCCAAGGAAGCCGUUCGUCGAGGUGAACACCGGGCUCAACACGAGCCUGAAGCGCCCGAAGAGUGCGCAGAUGAGCGCGCUCUCGCGAGCUCGAAGCGCCAGUUCACUGGAUCAAGGGACGAAGGAUGACACUUGGCCAGUGCCUGUGGAUCCUGAGACCGGACGACCCGCUCGGCCGGAUCCGCGGCAGAGGCAGUUCUACAAAACGCGAUCGACCUUGACCAUGGGCGUCAUCGACGAUGUCUACUCGAAUCCUGAACGCAAGGCCUGCCCUGAAAUGUACAUGGCGCAGCGCUAUGGGGUGCAUGCUGCACACCCUGUCGGGUUUCCGGGUCGCUACACGCCUUCCGCCUGCCGUGUCGACAGCACUGGCGACUUGUCG